AUGCGUACACGCGCAACUUCCCUACAAUCUGUCCAGCGGAAGCUACUGUAUGCACCGCAUUGCGCGUGUGAGAACCUUUGGAGGCAUUCUCACAUCGAUGUGGGCCAUAGUUAUGGGCACAGCUUGUCUGAAAGGGACGAGAGAGUCGCAAAUCGGUGCAUGAGAAUGUUUUUCUUUCUUCUGGAACAUCCAGGGAAUGCACCAGGAAUGGAGAUUGAGAAUCUGAGCGGGGAGAAGAUGCCCGUGACGAGGAAAAGGCGUGAAUGCUUGGUGCCUCUGGCCGAAAAAGUGAAUCAUUCGCAUACACUCUCUCCUGCUAUGCAGACUUUGCAUAGGCGAAGAAGAUUCAACGCCGCCGCUGCUGCCACAAAGGGGCCUGCAACUAAGAUCACCAGGGGUAUUCUGUUGGAAAUUCCAAAUUUCUUUUAUGGUGAAACAUUUGAAAAACCUCUGUUAAAACUGGAACCCGAAAUCUCUUUGCCUGCCUCUGUUCCUCAUCGCCGCUCCAAUAGUUACUGUAUUUCCGACAAACUGGCUCAACGUGCUGCUAUUCAUUUUACGAGUAAUAUUGACUCUCAGGCGUCCCAGAAAGACGCUUCCAAAUUUCGUUUUAUCAUCAGUCCCCCCUUGAACAAUGGGAAUAUAAAGCUAGAGAAAGCCAAGUACAAGCACAAAGAGAGGGAUUUUGCUAUCGACUUAGUUUUACCGGACGUUAACAGGGAUAGAUCUUCUCCAAAGACUAAGAGGCACAGUAAAUCCCAUAAGGAAAAUGUGCCUCCUUCAUCCCUGGAUGCCAAGGUGAAGCCGAUUGUUCCUGCUACACCUGGCACCGAUGGAGUCUCUGAUUCCGGUAAUAUUCUUCCUGAUGCACUAUUUCAGGGCUCCCACUGGGAAAUCUUCAAAGUAUCCAAACGUAGCCCUAACCUGAAACCUCGUAACAGAGUUCUCUCGGAAAUGGAACGGAGGAUGGUGGAGGGUCCAAAAGAAACAGUUCGCCGAUGGAAGAGCGAAGCAGCUAAGGAGACAAGAUACAUGCAAGAAAUGAAGGCCACCGAGGAAUUGGCAAAGAAGAAUCGGGAUUUUGAAGAAUGGUCCAGAACCUGCUCCUCCAUUGAAGAGAAUAUGUCCAAGUUUGCGGAGGAGUUGACGAUCAGGAAAAAUAAGGAGGCACGCCAGAAGAAAAUCGAUAGAGCCAAGGCAGAUAAGAUGGAGAAGAAAGAAAUUAUUAUCAGGGCCGAAGCUCUAUCGGAAGAUCAAUACGCUGUGAGUUAA